AUGAAGUUCUUCCAGACAACCCACAAGUUCGAGCACGACUGGGCUCAAGUCACAGCCGGUAACUGGAUGAAGUACCCCAACGAGCAGUGCCCCCAUGUCGUCGCCGUCGAUGUCCUCAACCGCCAUGUCGACCCCGAGACUGGUGUCCUCCGCACUGAGCGUCUCUUGACCUGUAACCAGAACGCCCCUGCCCUCGUCCUCAAGUUCCUCGGAGGAUCGACAGUAUCCUACGUCCGCGAGACGUCAGAGCUGGACCCCAAGACCAAGCGUCUGACCAUGAAGACCCAGAACCUCUCCAUGUGCAACGUCCUCACCAUCAACGAGACCGUCACCUACACCGUCAACCCCUCCGACGAUUCUACCACCAUGUUCAAACAAGAGGCUGAAAUCGUCGCCGGUCCUUCUCUCUCCCGAUUCUCGUCGUACAUUGAGGACUUUUGUCUGAAGAGGUUCGGAGAUAACGCUGCGGUGGGCAGGAAGGGAUUCGAGACGGUGUUGGAGAAGUUGAAAAUUGCUCGGCAGGAGGCCCAUCAGCAGUUGGAAAAGGCACACUCGCAGAUUGAGAAGGCUACGUCCCAGAUCGAAAAGGCUGCUGCUUCGGCCACUGCCUCUGCCGCCGCCGCUCUCUAA